GGACGUGUGAGGAGAGUCGCUGUGUUUGCUCAGUUCCUCGGUCAGCGCCGCUGCUGGGGCCAAAACCAACAGGAGCCCAGGUGAAAUCAGCAGCUCCACACCCUGCAAGGAGGAAAUGGUUGGCGUCAUAAUUCAAUUUAGGAAAAAACGGAAUUUCCAAUCGGCAGCUGCUUCGUUCGCCUGAACUUCUUCGCUGAGAGGUCGCAAUGGCUGGUGUCCCUGGGGGAUGGACGCUUGUCACACAAGACAGCUUGUUGACAACACUGGAGACGGACAAAACAAACCCACAAGUUUGUGAUUUGUUCCAUGAGGACGCACAGGGCUUCAGACAGACAAGCCAGCCAUGGUGGAAGAUCAAACUGUUUGUUUGGGAGCCGGUUCUCUUCGGGACCUGGGAUGGGGUCUUCACUACCUGCAUGAUCAACAUCUUUGGCGUGGUCUUGUUCCUGCGCACCGGCUACUUGGUGGGGAACACAGGUGUCCUCCUGGGGAUGUUCCUUGUCUCUGCUGUUGUGCUAGUCGCAUUAGCAACAGUGAUGUCUGGCAUUGGAAUCAGCGAGCACUGUGGCGUGGGCAGCGGUGGAAUUUACUCCAUGAUCUCCACUGUUCUUGGAGGCCGGGUCGGGGGAACCGUUGGGCUCCUCUAUGUCUUUGGACAGUGUGUGGCCGGAGCCAUGUACAUCACAGGUUUCUCAGAGUCGGUGGCAGCGCUGCUCGGCCUGCAGCACCAGUGGUUGGUGCGUGGGAUGUCGGCUGCCGUCCUGCUGGCAUUGCUUGGGAUUAACCUGGCUGGUGUCAAGUGGAUCGUUCGACUCCAACUCCUUCUUUUGGCUGUGCUGGCAGUUUCCACCCUGGACUUCGUAGUCGGAACCUUCACACACCUUGACCCAGAGCAUGGCUUUGUUGGAUAUUCAGCUCCGCUCCUCGGCAGCAACAUAAUGCCAGAUUACAGUCCAGGCGAAACCUUCUUCACCGUGUUUGGCGUUUUCUUCCCCGCUGCUACAGGGGUGAUGACAGGCUUCAACAUGAGCUCAGAUCUGCAACGGCCCGAACACAACAUCCCAGUGGGAACCUUAGCAGCUGUCCUCACCUCGUGGUUCCUGUAUCUGGUCUUUGUCUUCCUCUUCGGGGCCGUCUGCACCAGAGAAGCUCUGCGCUCUGACUUCUUGAUUGCAGAAAAGGUCUCCUUGGUGGGUUUCCUGUUUCUGCUGGGCCUCUACGUGUCCUCUCUGGCUUCCUGCAUGGGCGGCCUGUACGGUGCACCCAGGAUCCUCCAGUGCAUCGCCCAGGAGCGGGUCAUCCCAGGGCUGGCCUUCCUGGCAAAUGGGAAAGGUCCCAACAAGACGCCAGUGGCCGCCAUCUGUCUGACCAGCGUGGCCACUCUGGGCUUCAUUUUGAUCGGCGGCAUUAACGUGCUGGCGCCGAUUGUCACCAUCAACUUCUUGCUCACGUACAGUUUCAUCGACUACUCCUACUUCUGUGUGGUCAUGACUGUGAAGCUGCAGGAGAGUGAGAAGAAGGAUUUUGUCGUCCGACAGCAGAGGUCGCUGAAGAAGCGCUACAGGUCUCUGAUUCGUUCAGCCUACCAGAACUACGGAGGCCUUGAAGCUAGCGAGCAGGUGAAAGGGACACUGCUAGAGUUCAACAAGGAUAUGGAGCGCAUCUUUGCCUCGGAGUUGAAGGUCGCCUCCACACAGAACGCCACCCCCAGGCAGAACACGGUCGGAUACACGAGCAGGAAGGCGGCUGUGAUGCAGACAUUGAUGGACAGUUUCGCUUUGGACAUGAACAGCAACAUGUUCUCCAACGCAAAAGAAGACAGGUGCUCUGAAGAGAUGAGUGACAUUUGCGGUGAAAAAGAGGAGCCACGUGACCAAACACAAGGCUUCACCAAGGAUGAUCCGUCAUUUGAGAAUCAAGAUGUAGAGACAGAUGCAAAAUGUCGCGAGGCAAUCUUUCAACUGGACCCUCUUUCUGACUCAAGUUAUGCCAUGUUCUGCAACCACUUUGUUGCUCUCGUCGGGGCGUUGAGCUCUGUAAUGAUCAUGUUUGUCAUCCAGUGGGUCUACGCUUUAGCUAACAUUGUCUUCGCCCUGCUGCUCUACUUCUACAUCGGCAAGACGAACCCUGGACUGCCACUGGGUGUGGCGGCCCGUUUUAGCUUCUGCUCAUGGCUGAAAUCGACAUUAAAAUCCAUCUGCAGAAAAGAUAAAUUUCCAAAGGAUGAGAUCAUUUUGACGCCAGCUCUGUCCAUGGGUGACUUGAAAACAAACCAACUGACGGAGGAAAAUCUGGACUUUGCCUCUCGCCAUCGUCACCACGUCUCCUCCAUCAUCAACAAUGAAGUGGCACCACUUCCUCACCACUAAAUAACAUAGUCACAUAUCGAGUUGUUUCUGCAUGAACUUCAGGGAGAUAAGAGUGUAUCAAUAAAU